AUGGUGAGGGAAGAGUUGCUACUUAAUGGGGCACUGGACACUAAGCGCUUUCUGGUUGGUGGCCGGCGUUCUUCUAGGCGUAAUAGUUUGUCCUCGAGUCUGCCGACCAAUCAGAUGCUUGCCUCCACCUAUGACCCGGUUACUGACGCUACUGACAAACCAAACGCUCAGUACUUGGCUGUAGAAGCAACAGCUAGAAGCGUGUCCUCCUCAUUACAUGAAACUUGCCAAACGAUGGAAUGCAUUGGAACCGCCCACAAAAUUCUCUCUGGAAUGAACAUAUCUGCUGAUCCGUGUGUCGACUUCUACAGCUACGCUUGCGGUGGCUGGAUCGAGAAACACCACAUACCACCUGGCACAAACAGUUGGACGGUCUUCUCUGAAUUAGCUCAAACAGCGGAGUACUUUGCUAAAGACCUACUGGAAAAGGAAGCUUCACCGGAUGACAGCCGUGGACUACAACUGGCAAAGACUUACUUCGCCUCGUGCAUAAACGAACAAGCUGUCAACCGUCUUGGUCUGCAGCCAAUAAAAUCUAUUCUGACACGACUGUUCGGCGGUUGGCGGCUGCUCCCAGAAGGCACCGAGGGAGCCCGAUCAGACUCCGAGGACAUAUUUCAACCAGGAAAAUAUGACCUAACUGAUCUCAUUGGAAUCUUCCUCCGCCAUGGCCACGGUGUCGACAUUUUUCAACUUCUUAUCGAAAAGGAUCCACGGAAUUCCAGUCGCUAUGCCAUUACACUUGCUCCUGGUGAAGUCAGCAUGCUCCCAGAAUACUACCUCGAAACAACUGACGCAAAGAUACAAAAGGUGGUUUAUCACUUUAAAGAAUUUAUGCACACUUAUGCCGCAAUGCUGGGUGUGCCAGAAGACCACGUCAAAGCAAUGGACGAUGUUUUUGAAUUGGAGACGUUAAUGGCAAAGAAUAUGGAGCCAAGAGCCCGCCAGAGCAUUGAAACCAACUUCUUUAAGUUGAACAUGACUGAACUCCAGGAAUUCUGUCCAGUGAUCGAUUGGAAACGCCUCUUCAACGGCCUCUUUAGUGCGGUAAAGUACAAAAUCUUGGACUCUGAAACGGUUAUAAUCGGUGACCGACCCUUCUUCGAAAAACGCUGUAAGAUAUACGCCGACUAUAUGGCCUCCCCAGAGAGGAUAAAAAUAGUGCACGAUGCUGCGAUCUGGAGGACUCUGUGGUCUACUAGCCCCUACAUGCCGUCUAUUGUGAGGAAAGAAAUCGAAAUGUACGAACAAGCGAGCACUGGUGUGAAGGAACAACCGCAACGCUGGUUAUCAUGCGUGCGAAAUGCCGAGGAGUUUUUCGGGAUGACGAUUGCUCGCAAGUUCGUAUCUCGACACUUUGAUGAGAGAAGCAAGGAAAUGGCUACAAAAAUGAUUACAAGAAUCAAAAUGGCCUUCAAAACCUCAUUCCACCAAGUAGACUGGAUGGACGAAAAGGCCAAAAAGGGGGCUGAGGAGAAAGUUGACUUGAUGGGAGAUUCCAUUGGUUACCCUGACGACAUCAACGACAUUGAAAAAGAAAACAGGCCCUAUCUUGCAGUGGAGUCUCUCAGCAACGAGACCUUCCUCGAAAACAGUUUUACUCUCGCCAAAUCCAAGACGCUGGUCCUACUUCAGAAACUCUAUGACGACACCGUCAAAACCUGGGACAUGGCGCCUCACAUUGUCAAUGCCUUCUACAACCCACGCGAGAACCACAUCUACUUCCCGGCCGGCAUUCUCCAGAAGCCCUUCUACGACGCUAAUUUUCCUCUUGCUCUGAACUACGGCGGAAUAGGCGUUGUGGUCGGCCACGAAAUCGUCCAUGCAUUCGAUAGGCAAGGUGCUAAAUCUAUUGUCUACUGUGGCCUCCCGAUAAUGUUUAAGAAACAAGAUUGGUUUAGUGGAAUUACUGGCAUUUUCCUAGGCGUAGAAGUAAUUUGGGGUUCCAAGUACGAUGCCAAGGGAAACCUUCGACAAUGGUGGAGUGAAAGCACUAAAACAGACUUUGAGAAAAACAGUGAAUGCAUGGUUCUUCAGUACCACAAUUACUCAGUCCAAGGAAAGCACGUUGAUGGACACCUCACCCUUAGCGAGAAUAUUGCUGACAACGGCGGAAUAAAGGCUGCCUAUCGGGCGUUCCUGAAAUUGCAGGAGGAGGAAGGGACUCAUCACAAAAUACCAGGCCUAAACAUGACUUUCAACCAGCUUUUCUUCAUAUCUUUUGCCCAGAUGCGCCGUAACCCCAUGUGUAGUGCCAAGGCAUUCUGCAGCGGAGUUGAUGAUGAGGCAGAAGUCAAGUCUUACUGGCUAACAGCGAUUGCUUACGAGCCGUUCGUGUUGGUUAAAUGCUGUUGUAGAGUAAUCGGGACAUUGUCGAACUCGGAAGACUUUGCCAAGGCGUUUUCUUGCCCACGGGGAUCUUUCAUGAACCCUGUGCAUAAAUGUGUCCUUUGGUAG